UUAUCACCACUGCUGUUGCGGGUUAUCUACCAUUUUAUCGGUAGGAAUCAACAUUAAUCGCGGGACAUGCGCGUCAUACCAGUGCGUCAAUUGGGACGGUUGGCUACUAUCGAGUUGCUGUUGCGUGACUGACAGCGGCAGCUGAAUGCAGAAUCUUCUCAUGGGACCUGGGCGGCUAUGGUGGUGCGCCUGCCUGAUCUGGAACGGGGCAAUGUGAAGAGCUCACAUACUUUUAGAAACUAGAUGACAGAGCAACACUCUUCCUCUGGCAGCUGCGAUCAUUCGGGAUGAGAACUGUCACGGGCGGUCGCCUUCUGUUUAGGGGACGCACAUGAGAACAGGAAAUUAGCCUAUAGAUUUUAAUCAAGAGGAGGUAGCUAAUCUGCUUAAUCAUUGGCAAGUGGUCCCGCGGUGAAUAGUAGGCUAUGGGAUCACUAUGUUGUCCCGAAAAGGACUGGUCCCUGACGACUACUUGCUGACCCGCUUGGCUGAGGAUGUCCAGCAGCCUAAAUUCAAGGGGAAAGCGCGGAAGGCUCGGUUCGUUGCCAAAAAUGGAACUUGUAAUGUGGCCCACACGAACAUUCGCGAACAAGGACGGUUCCUACAGGAUGUUUUCACCACUUUAGUGGAUCUAAAAUGGCUUCACACACUUAUAAUUUUCACCAUGUCGUUUCUAUGCAGCUGGCUGCUGUUUGCGAUGGCGUGGUGGCUCAUUGCCUUUGCACACGGCGACCUGGAUCAAAAAGGUGACGACUUUGUCCCUUGCGUAACGGACAUCCACUCCUUCUCCUCCGCUUUCCUUUUCUCCAUAGAGGUGCAGGUGACCAUCGGAUUCGGUGGACGCAUGGUGACAGAGGAAUGCUUGUCCGCCAUAGUGGUCCUCAUCAUUCAGAACAUCGUGGGCUUGCUGAUUAACGCCAUCAUGCUGGGGUGUAUAUUUAUGAAGACCGCCCAGGCGAACCGGCGCGCCGAGACGCUGAUCUUCAGCAAGCACGCUGUCAUUUCCAUCCGAAAUAACAGGCUCUGCUUUAUGAUCCGUUUAGGGGACCUGAGGAAGAGCAUGAUAAUCAGCGCCACCGUGCGGAUGCAGGUGGUAAGGCGUAGCACCACUCCGGAGGGCGAGGUGGUCCCUCUGGACCAGAUAGACAUUCACAUGGACAACCCCGUGGGGACCAACGGUAUUUUCCUGGUGGCCCCUCUUAUCAUAUGUCACAUUAUCAACAAAGACAGCCCGCUCUAUGAGCUGUCACCAGCGGACUUACAAAAGAAUGACAUCGAGGUGAUAGUGGUGCUGGAGGGGGUGGUGGAGACCACGGGGAUAACCACCCAGGCCCGGACAUCCUACCUGUCCGAGGAGAUACUGUGGGGGCAGCGCUUUGUGCCCACUAUAACCGAGGAAGAGGGCACGUACGCGGUAGACUACUCCAAAUUCGGUAACGCGAUUAGAGUACCGACACCCAGCUGCAGUGCCAAGAAACUGGAUGAGGACGGAGGCAUCGCCAGGUUUAAGCUGCACGAGCACUCCACCCCUCGGCCGUCGGUGAGAAGGCGGCAACUCUCACUGCGCAUCAAGCGUCAAAGCACCAUCAGCCCACUAGCCUAAACAUACAACUUUAAUCAAAAGGAGUGGAUAGUGCCAAUGCAUUUUGUAUAUGAAAUUGAGAUUUUUAUUACCAGCAUCAUUUUCAUGGAUAUUUUUGUAAUGUUACAGAAAUGCUGUUUAUUAUGUCCAAUGAUGUUCUGAUUCUGGGCUCUGGGACCCAAAAGGUGUGCAUGCAUGUUCUAGCCCAGCACACACCUUCAACCAAGGACUAUAUGUUUAAAUGAAUCCAGUGUUGGGCUAGAACAAAACCCUGCACACCCUGUAGUAUUAAGUCAGGACCAGGAUUAAGCAUGGUAGCCAUGUGCCCCUACAUACUGCAAUGUUAAAUGUACUAUAUUACCUGAAAGCGUUAGGUGAUUUUAGGGGCCUAAACAUCCUGCCGUUCUAUCAAACCCAGAACAUGCACGUAUCAAAUACCUUAUACUCAGGGUGCUCAAUGAAAACAUAUGAAUUAUGAAACGCAGUUGGAUAGAUGUGUAACAUUAUACAAAGCUAUGCAAUUAUCCAGUUUGAAGGCACAGGCCAGCGUGUGUGUGUGUAUUAGACUGGUGCCCAACACUCCUCCCGGACAACUGGGCUCCUUGCAGGCUUUUCAUCUGACCCUGCAUGAAAACAAUAGCAGACACUGUAGCCCUUCGAGGACUUGACCAGCGCUGAUCUACAUAAUGAUGCUCUUGUAUGGUAAAAACAUAUUGUCUUAUGCAAAGCUUGACAUGGAAAUAAAGGAAUGCCUGUUGACAUGUACUGUACAGUAUGUGUGUGUUUGCGUGGAUGAUAUGCAGAGGAGAACUUCCUUGAAAAGUGACCUGUUUUCCUUGUGAAGUUA